AUGGAAUUAUUUCACCUUUGCUCGGCCUUGUUCUGCCUCGUGACUGUGUCUGUCGCGGCUCCAGCCCAACCGCGGCUACGACAGACUUCAGAUGUCCCCGAGUUCGUGCUGAAAUAUGCGCCCGUGCUCUACAUGCAUAGCGAGGAAUCGCAUUUCCCCACCGAUCUCAACACAUUCCUUGGCCACACCACCCCACGAAUCAACUACAACCCCGUGCCCAACACCCCAAACCCACUCACACUCACCACCCUCCCCCAGCUCGGCGCAGACGUGUACCUGACCUCCAACGACGACGUCACCAGCACCCCCGACUGGCUCCGCGGCACACCGCCAGCCAGCGACAGCACCACAACGGGCACCAACAGCGCCAUCGUCAUCAACACGAAGAGCGACAACAGCGUCGACGUGUUCUACUUCUACUUCUACGCCUUCAACCCGGGCACCGCCGUGCUGUCCGUCCCGUUCCUGACCUUCGGCGCGCACGUCGGCGACUGGGAGCACACGAUGUUGCGGUUCCCGUCGCCUGCGGGGCCGCCCGACGCCGUUUGGUUCUCGCAGCACGCAAACGGGCAGGCGUUUCGGUACGCGGCGGUCGAGAAGGAUGCUGAUGGUAUUAGACCUGUGGUGUAUGUCGCCAAGGGGAGUCAUGCGAAUUAUGCGAUUCCGGGGAUCCACUCGCAUGUCAUUCCGAAUCUGAAUUUGCCGUUUGGCGCGCUGCAGGACUAUACGAACAAGGGGAAGAGAUGGGACUCGCUGGGGAGUAGUCAUGUGUAUAGGUAUGAUGCGAGCAAUGGUGCGUUCACUGCGUAUGAUGAUGCGCCGGUGGAGUGGCUGGGGUGGAAGGGGAGGUGGGGAGAUGAAGCGUAUCCGGACAGUGACAAGAGGCAGGUGACCAUUUUUGGGCAGAAGAAGUACGUGGGUGGACCGACAGGGCCGGUGGACAAACAGCUGGACAGGAAGGAGGUUUGUCCAGAUAACGGGAUUCGCUGCAUACUCAGGAGUGUGCUGGUUCCAAGAGAUCUUGGAGAUGGAGAGGCUUUUGAUUGAUGGUGAGUUCUGAGGUGAGAUGGUCAUACAAAGAAGCAGAAAUGAAGAUGCUUUUGCGAUCCCGGUCUGGGUACUAGAGUACCUCCCUGCUGAUGAUGUUCCAAAAGUCGCCUGCGAGUUCUCCUUCACCAUCCAUCAAACUCCUGAGCUCGGUGUCUGCACUCAUUGAUUUCAUGUGACAGACGAUGUAUUCUAGGACCAUUUCUCGCAUCGCGUCGAUCUUACCGUCUUCAGACCUGUCU